AUGGAGGCGCUCAUUUCUGCAGUUCUUGGUGAUCUUGCAGGCAGAGCCAUAUCAUUCGUGGUUGAUAAGUGCCGUGAGCAGAGAACAGCGGAAGAGGAUCUGCAGAGGCUGCAACAGCUUCUUCUGAGGUUACGUGCCAUCGUCGAGGAGGCUGAGGGGCGGCGUGUCACGAACCGAGGGAUGAUCUGUCAGGUUAGCAUGAUAACAAAGCAAAUGUUCAGAGGGUACUACCUUCUCGACACCUUCAAGUGCAGAGAGAAGAAAGCCAAUGAUGAGGAGGUGAGUCUUUCCUCGUUCAUUCAAUCCAAAUUUAAUCCAGCUAAACGUUUUCGCCGCCUUUCUAGCAACACUCAGACUGAGAGCAUGGUAAUUGGUAGAGAAAGCAGCAAGGAGUUGAAACAUGUUGUUCUUGUCCUAGAAAGCAUGGUUGCUGAUAUGAGGGAGUUUGCUAUAUUUCUGAUGAGCUACCCUCGCAUGCACCGCCAACCUUAUGGCGCAUAUUUAUUUUUGGACAAAUAUAUGUUCGGCCGUCAAAUGGAGAGGGAACACGCCAUCAGCUUCUUGCUACAAGCUGAGCCUCUAGGGGGUGAGAAUUUGGGCGUCCUUCCGAUCGUUGGUCCUGGACUUAUUGGCAAGAGCACUCUUGUGGAACAUGUUUGCGAUGAUGAGCGUGUGCGCAAUCACUUCUCCUUGAUCUUGCUCUACAGCAGAAAUGACCUUAAAGAUGAAACUGCGAUUGCUUUUAGAGAUAAUUGUGUCACUAAGCAUCAAAAUAUUACCUUGGAUAAAGAAAGGUCGUUGGUUGUCAUUGAACUCUUAGGGGACGUGGACAAAGCGGCAUGGAAGCGGCUGCUGCAGUCUGCUGAAAGAUGUAUGACACGUGGGAGCAAAAUCAUAGUGACUAGCCGAUCAGAAAAGAUGGUCAGGUUUGGAACAACGGAAGCCAUCAAGCUAAGUUGUUUGUCUAAAGAAGCUUACUGGUAUUUCUUCAAGAUGCUCGUGUUUGGAAGCACGGACCCGGAGGAGCACCCAAGGUUAACAUCCAUAGCCAUGGAGCUAGCCCUCAGGAUGUGCGGAUCUUUCAUCUGUGCAUAUGUUAUUGCUGCCUUACUGAGAGAAAAUCUCAGUGCCUGGUUCUGGUGCAGGGUUCUCAGAAGCUUUAGGAAGUACAUGCAGAAGAAUUUAUUGUUGGCUGGUGAAUAUUUUUACGAGGAUAAGCCUCGGUACGUUAUGACCAUUGCUGAAACACGGCGAGUUUCUGGGGAUCGUAAGCUCUUUCUGCUCCACCAUAGUUAUCAAAAAGGGCCUGCUGCACAGGGCAAAGUUCCGAGGAUAACACUGGCGGACGUUCUAUUCAGUAGAUGGGGCACUGUGCCGUGGGGCAAAUUUGAGGUCUUGUGCUGGAGGUCUCUCAUACCGCCAUACUACAACUACAUAUAUGCUUGUGAGUUUGUGCGGCACAAGAACACCACACCGUAG